AUCAUCGUAAGUUUUUCAGUAGGUGUGACGGCCUACAUGUGGAGUGGACAAAUGGCAGACAACAUGAAAAAUUUCUACAUUGAGAUCUACACUCAGUAUCCAAGCACCAUGAGAAAAAAUGAAACCACGAUUCUUAAAAUAUUCCACAACUCUUUUGACUGCUGUGGCACUGGUGAAGAAACUGGAUUUUCUGUGCUUCAUACCUGUCCAGAAGACCAGAAGAUCCAAUUAUCUAGCUGUCCCAAUAAGAUCGAGGACAUGUUCAGCUCCUACGCGCCUCUGAUGCUGGCUGGCUUUCUAGUCUUGUCUGGAAUCAUGACUGUGGCAGUGGUGUGCAGUGUCGUACUCAGCAGACACCUCUCACGGUUUCCCGAACCUCCUCCUGAAUAUGCGAUCGUUUGGGAGGAAAGAAAUAAGAAAUGUUUGACUGAUUUAUUGCUGGGUUGUUUUUCAAAAUGCAAAUAAUGCAUUGUUACCCUGCAUUUUUGGUCCUGGACAGUUUUUAAUAGAAAUCUGUAUCACGUUGUUGUUCAGCCAUGCUUCAUGAUGGAUAUGUUGAGCACCAUAAAAUAUAGGAUAAUACUCUUUUUUUCGUCAAGCAUAUUAAGUACAAAAUUAGUGCUUGAAAACAGGGCACUUUAAUUACAUCAUGGAAGUGUACUUGUUUUUUACCCGGGGAGCAAAGAGGAAGUGCACUGAGGAGACAGUAGAGGAACGCUGCCCUGCUCGAAAAUUAAGAGAAGCUUCUGCUUAAUAACUUUGCUUUUGCUAAUAGUUACUAAAAUGUUAUCCUUAUGUAAACAUAUACUCUUGCAUAUCUAAUAAGAAAAGUUCUGCUGAAUCAUGUAGUUAGGAGAAAUCGUGUAAUCCUUGAUGCUUGCGUUAGGCUAUUGCUGUAACUGCGAGGUGAAGACUUAUUCAAGCCUAUUUUUGAGUUACUGUUUAAUAAAAUGAAACCAUCUUGGUGAUGCAUUAAACCUUUUAAAUAAGACUUGCGAGUGGUUUAUUAUUAAUAAUCUAUUGGGACUGAGAUAUUGUUUCAGCGGGAUGGACAUCACUUGGAUAUUCUGGUGUUUGCUGGUAUUACCGAGGUAAGGAGAAAUCUGUGUAAUUAGAGGCUGAUCUUUUGGAUAGAGAUGUGCAUCAGUUAUUUAUUGGUUUAUCAGGUGAACCUCGCAAUAUUUUCUGCCCGAAUCAUUUGUGUCUGUCUUACUCUGUUACUCUACUCACGCAUAGGAGUUAAUGGCCACCACUUAAUUGGUCACCAAUAAUUGGUUGUGCACAGCAGUGGAGAUUUAAGCAGCACUUCCACCACAGAAGGUGUGAUUGUUUGUGUUAUGUGUUCAUGUCGUGCCGUGUGGUUUUUUUUUUCCUCUAUCUGUUCUUUUGCACUUUAACUUCUUAGUUACCGGUCAUUGGUUCCUGCAACCCGUCAAUCUUCAUCAGUGUCAACGUCACACAAGACCACCUCAAAUAAAAUAGCUCGCCAGUGAGUGUAGUUAGGCGUCUCAGACGCUGAAGACAUUUCCUUUUCAUAUAUUUCUGUUGAUAAAUAGCUUAGGGGAAAUUAAGUAGCUGGAUUUAUUUUCUUUGCUUUAGUACCGCCCUUGUCCCUUCUUCCCUUUCCCUCCGUCUCGUGUAUUGUUCAUGUAAAUAGUGUAUAUGUAUAUACAUUUUCUUUUUUGUUCUGUGACCUCUAAAUUCUUAGUAUUUAAUAAUCACCAACAAAAAUAAAAGCAUUCUC